AACCGCGCGGACCCACCGUAUCCCACCUCACCCCCCUCCUCACUGCUCUCGCUUUCGCUCGCAUCCGCACCUCGCCCCGCCCUCACGAUGCCGUCGCCCGCCACGGCCGGGGCCGCGGCCGCGUCGGCGCCUCUCCACCUCCGCGCGUGCGAGCGGCGCCGCCUCUCUCCGUCCUCCUGCUUCCUCCCCACCCGCGCGCUCCUCAAUUCCGCGCGCCUAACCGCCCCAGUUCCGGCGACGCUGCCCGUCCACGCGCUGAGGCUGUCCCCGACUGCGGCGAGGGCGGCGGGCCCCGACGCCGCCACUGGAGCGAGGUCGCCCGCAUCCGGCGGCCAGAUGCUGGUGUUCGUCCCGCCGCAUCCGCUGAUAAAGCACUGGGUUUCCGUGCUGCGCAACGAGCAGACGCCCUGUGCCAUCUUCAAGAGUGCCAUGGCAGAGCUUGGUCGGCUGCUCAUAUACGAAGCCUCCAGAGACUGGUUGCCUACAAUCACCGGAGAGAUCGAAACACCUGUAGCUGUAGCCAGUGUUGAAUUCAUUGAUCCAAGAGAGCCUGUUAUGGUUAUUCCAAUACUGAGAGCUGGUCUUGCACUAGCUGAAAAUGCUUCAUCAGUUCUGCCAGCCACCAAGACUUAUCACCUUGGCCUUCGUAGGGAUGAAGAAACACUUCAACCUUCCGUAUAUCUGAACAACCUGCCAGACAAGAUUCCAGAGGGGACUCGUGUGCUAGUUGUUGAUCCAAUGCUGGCCACUGGUGGGACGAUUGUUGCUGCUAUUGACUUGUUAAUCGAACGUGGAGUUACCAGCAAGAAUAUUAAAGUUGUAUCUGCUGUUGCAGCACCACCUGCACUGCAAAAGCUCAGCAACAAGUUUCCUGGGCUCCAUGUGUACACGGGAAUAAUUGAUCCUGAAGUAAAUGAGAAAGGUUUCAUAGUUCCAGGGUUGGGGGACGCUGGCGACAGAAGUUUCGCCACUUAAUCAGACUGCUCAAUUUGACUGGGCCAAUGUUCCUCCAGCGAGAAUCCUUGCUUGGGGUUGAUAAAAACGGAGCAGUUGUGAGUAAAAGAGGUGUUACAUACUUGUAGAUUGCCUUCAUUCGAGAUUUUGUUCCUUCUCAGUGAUUGAAUAUGAUAUAAGACUAGUUCAGAUCUCUGUCUCUCCCCCCUUAAAAACAAGAUGAUUUUCAGGAAAUGUAUUUGAUGUUGAAAGA